ACGGCGCGGGGAGGAUUCAGCGGAGGGCGCAAGGCCUCGCUGCCAAACCAGACUCGCCACAUGGUCUGGCAGCGGCCAGAUCCACCACCGCCGGCGACGGGCGACGCGAGAUCUGGUGUAGGCGAAGUCGGGGACAGAUGGGAAGCCGCCGUGCGAGCCAUGAGCGGUGCGGCCAAGGAAUCGACGACAAGCACCAAGGAGCCGCCUCUACCUCCACCUUCUGGGCAAGCGACGACCAAAAGCUCCACCGAGCUCUGCAUCAACUGCUCUCUCCCAGGUCAUUUCGCUCCUCGCUGCCCUACUAUCCGUUGCGAGAAAUGCAACAAAUUAGGUCAUAUGGCUCAACUAUGUCAGAGGCCUUGGGAGUGUGUUCCAUUCAUGUGCGGCUUUCAGUCGCCUGGCCAGGGGUUUUUCUAUAUUCCUGAUAUGUGUGCUGCUAAGCAGAGUGUAGAAAAAACUAACAACGUGGUGAUUACUAUUGUGGAGGGGUGUGCUACUGUGAAAGAGAUUGAGCAGGAAUUCAAUGCCAUCUUUGCAAAAAAAACCUGGUAAAAAGAAAUGGCGUUGUACGGCCCGUUCCAUUGGCCCUGCCCAGUUUGUGAUGCGAUUUCCUAAUGCUAGUGAAGUUGAUAGAGCAUGUCGUUAUGGGAAACGCAUGCCUCUGAAGGAGGGGACUAUUGUGGUUUGUAUUACUCCUUGGACUGCUUCGAUAGGAGCUAAAGGAAUCAUGGAGAAAGCCUGGGUUCGUAACAUUCCUAUAGAAAAGAGAUGCACUGAACAUGUGGCAUAUGUUGGGGGCUUGGUUGGGAUAACAUUAGAAGUUGAUGAAGCUACUAUUCAUAAGCCUGAAUAUGCUAGAAUCCUUCUUGGAUGCAGAGAAGUUGAGAAAAUUCCCCCCUCAGCUGAAGGGAUGCUGGGGAACAAUACUAUGACUUUUUUUAUGAAGUGGAAAAAGUUGUGACAGUAGGGUUUGAUAAAAGCCAGUCUUCCAUUGCUGUUGAUAGUAGUGCAUCUCCUUCCUUCCCCAAGAAAGCGAGGAUGGAAUCAUAUCCUGCUUCUUCUACUGGGCAAGGGGAGACAAGUGCAUCCAUGGCCGGCACUUUCUCAUCACAGAAGUAUGACAAAGGGAUGCAGCGGUUGACUACAGUUGCUGAAAGUGAAGAGGAAGAGGAAAGUGAUGAAGGUAAUCAUACGAAGCUGCUGAUUGAAACCAUGGCCAGAGAACAUGCUGCUGGAAAAGUGUCUUAUUGUGGUCCGCAAACUGGUAAUACAUCAUAUGGAACAGUCUCUGAGGAGCUGGAGGUGGAUGAGAUGUCUGGAUCUCCCACAAAUGAUGUUAAUAUACAUAAAGGUGCUUGGGGGUUUAUCACUCCUAUUCCACCCUCACCUCUGUAUCUCUGUCAGGAUGAAAACACUCAUGGAAACACAUUUCCUCCUUUGUUAGAUUAUGUGGUCUGGCCUUCAUUACCUCAUAUUGUGCCACUGGAGGAGGGGUCCAUGGAAGGGGGAGAUAACUGUAGUGCCUAUACAGUUGAGUCUCCAUCUGGAUCGCCAAUUCAUGAUAAUGGGAUCCGCAAGGAAUUUGCUCCGCGCAGGCAGAUGCAGAAGCUGGAAAAAGUGGGAGAUGUGGCUACCAACAGGAUGAGGAAACGUGACUCGGAAGGUUUGCUUAAGGAGGAAGAGAAGGUGAAGUUCCAAGCUGGAGUGAAGAGGUUAGCACACGCGGCUGUUGCGCUGGCGGACAGGUCCUUCCCGCGUGGCAGACUUCUCUUGGGAGACAGAGAUGGGAUCGGCGCUUGGAUCUUUCCUUUUGCAUUCUGUUGUCCACUGGGGUUUAAUGCCCGCUGGCAAUUGUGCUUCUUGGUAGUGGUUCGCCUAGUUGUAGAGGCUUAUUGACAGUUUCACCCUGGGAACUCCCUGGGUGUUUUUUGGUUGGGCAGUGGUAUGUAAGUGUCAUCAGGUUUUCGCCCCAUGGCGGAUGGUCCGUUUCAGGAUCGUCCUGCGGUGGGUUUCCUGAUGAUGCGCCAACCCGCUCUCCCCUUUCAGUCUCAUUUUGCUUGCGGUUAGUCCUAUCUUUCAGUCUAGUUAUCUUUAGCAAGUGGAUGCUCGAUACAUAAUUUAAAAAACAGACUGAUGUAUUUCCGUUGAUUGCAAAAUUAAUGGAAAGGGGUUGUGAGCCCGGUUGGAAAAAAAGAGAU